UUUGGUUAUGAAAACGUGGAUGGCGUCCACAAGAGCAUCAGAUAGCCAGGCAACCAAUGAAACUGGUAGGGCUAGAUAGCAUCCUUGCAGCCUCGCCCAACUGCAUCAUUUUAAACGAAAUCAGAGGCUUAGGCACGCAAAAAAUUAAACCAGUCGACGGGAGCUUCUGUAUUCUCGCUUUAAUCAUACUGCGAUCAUUCUUUAUGGUUGCAUCGCAAGCAAGGAGGCAGUACACGAGCACAGAAGCAAUGGCCGAUGUGACGACGACGACAGAGGAUGUUUUUGAUGAUUCUUAUGUGGAGAAACCGGGCCCGAGUCCUCCGGUACAAAUCGUAUGGAGAAAUGUCAUAUUAAUGACUCUAUUGCACCUAGGAGCGCUUUAUGGAAUGACGAUUCUUCCUUUUGUCUCUUCCUUAACCCUCAUAUGGACGGGAGUGUGUUUCAUGGUAAGUGCUCUAGGAAUAACUGCCGGCGCCCAUCGCCUCUGGAGCCACCGGUCCUACAGGGCCUCACUGCCAUUACGGAUCUUCCUAGCAGUCGCAAACUCUAUGGCUUUUCAGAAUGAUAUCUAUGAGUGGGCCAGAGAUCACCGCGUCCAUCACAAGUUUUCUGAGACGGAUGCAGACCCCCACAACGCUCGCAGAGGAUUCUUCUUUGCUCACAUCGGCUGGCUACUGGUCCGUAAACACCCAGAAGUCAUUGAUAAAGGACGCAAGCUGACGUUUGAAGAUCUAAAAGCAGACAGUGUUGUAAUGUUUCAGAGGAGGCAUUACAAGUUAUCUGUGGUGGUGAUGUGCUUUCUUAUCCCAACCUUGGUACCUUGGUUUUUUUGGGAGGAGAGUCUUUGGACUGCUUACUUGGUGCCAUGUCUGCUGAGAUACGCUGUGGUCCUUAAUGCAACCUGGCUGGUCAACAGCGCCGCUCACAUGUGGGGAAUGAGACCCUACGACCACAACAUCAAUCCCAGAGAGAACAAGUUUGUCGCCUUCAGUGCCAUCGGUGAAGGAUUCCACAACUAUCAUCACACAUUCCCCCAUGAUUAUGCCACAAGUGAGUUCGGCAGUCGGCUGAACGUGACCAAAGCGUUCAUCGAUCUCAUGUGCUUCCUGGGACUGGCCAACGAUUGCAGAAGGGUAACUCACGAAACCAUCCUCGCCCGUGUUCAGCGCACAGGUGACGGCAGCCACAAAAGUGGUUGAUCUGUUCAGUGCAUAUCAAAGCAACAGUCACAUUUUACAAUAAGGUUCCAUUAAUGAAUGUUAGUCAAUGUAUUCAUACUAGUGCAAUUUUAAAAUCCAAAGUUGUGCUUAAGUUAAUGCACAGUGAGUUGAGAAGAACUAACAAAGAACAACUUUAUUUUCUACAACUACCAUUAACAAAUCUGUAAUACACUCACUGGCCACUUUAUUAGGUACACCUGUCCAACUGCUCGUUAACGCAAAUUUCUAAUUCGCCAAUCACAUGGUAGCAACUCAAUGCAUUUAGGCGUGUAGACAUGGUCAAAACAAUCUGCUGCAGUUCAAACCGAGCAUCAGAAUGGGGAAGAAAGGUGAUUUAAGUGUAUUUGAAAAUAGCAUGGUUGUUGUUGCCAGAUGGGCUGGUAAGAGUAUUUCGUAAACUGCUAAUCUACUGGGAUUUUCAUGCACAACCAUCUCUAGGGUUUACAGAGAAUAGUCCGAAAAAGAGAAAAUAUCCAGUGAGCGGCAGUUCUGUGUGCGAAAAUGCCUUGUUGAUGUCCGAGGAGAAUUUCCAGACUUAUUUAAGCUGAUAGAAAAGCAACAUCAACUCAAAUAACUACAAGUUACAAUUAAAGUACGAGGAAUAGCAUCUCUAAACGCACAACAUGUCCAACUUUGAGGCGGAUGGGCUACAGCAGCAGAAGACCACACUGGGUACUAGUAAGGUGUACCUAAUAAAAUGACUGGUGACUGUAAAUGUGUUGUUAAUGGUUUGUUCAUGUUAGUAAAUACAUUAACUAACAUUAAGUAAUGAAAACUUAUUGUAAAGUGUUAACAAAAAAAAAA